AUGCCCCUUGGGCAUGGCCAUGGGGCUUCAGCUUGGGGUGUUUACAUGCCGUACCCCCCAGGCAUGGAGCUGGAGCCCAGACCGCUGACACCAAGAGCGUCACUUGACGUCGAGGACGAGAGCCCGAGCAGGGCAAAGAUAACGUGGACCACGCCCGCGCGCUUUCUGAACAGCAAGGACUCGCACGCGUACGUCUCGUCCGAGUUUCGGCUUUCGCUUGGCGCGGGCCCUUGUCCAUCCACGGUGGCGAGGUUCAAGAUGAUGAUAUACCCGAAGGUGCACAGCAACGUCAAGGGUGGAGCCUCCUUCAAAAAGGCCAGGGGGAGAGGCUACCUAGAGCUUAGCUGCAUGGAUACGCUGCCUGACGUCGCUCCAGAGGUCACCUUUUCACUGGCGGUGGGCAGCACCAAGGCAAGAGGCCCGACGACGCACUGCUUCCGCAGCAGCGCCGUGGGCAGGCUGCCAGCCAACCAGGCAGAGUGGGACUUCAAAGCCCAGGUGGAGGACGGUGCCGUCACCGUCCUCCUGUACAUGGAGCCUUGCCAGCGGGCGGCACCUCAUUCGGACGGGGACGCUGGCGCCAAGGAAGGCAGCGAUGCCGCCAAGCAGUGA